AUGUGUGUAGAGAUGGGAAACCUGAGCAGCAGGUUCCAGUCCCCCUCUCAGGGACCAGAGGAAUCAGCAGAGGGCACGAUCAGCAGCCGAAGACACGGCUGUGAGUGUAAGAAGAGGAAGCGGAACGCUCAGUGUGACUGCGACAGCGAACAGGAGGAAGAAGACGACAUACUAGACACACCUCGCAGGAAGAAAUUGAAAAGCACCUCAAAGUACAUUUAUCAGACCUUGUUUCUAAAUGGAGAAAAUAGUGAUAUUCGUAUCUGUGCUCUGGGGCAGGAGUGGAACCUCCAUAAAGUGUACCUUUGUCAGUCUGGAUAUUUCUCCAGCAUGUUCAGUGGCUCUUGGAAGGAGUCCAACAUGAUGGAAAUCAACUUGGAGAUUCCCGACCAGAACAUCGACGCUGAAGCUCUGCAAGUCGUCUUUGGAUCUCUGUACCGGGAUGACGUUCUGAUCAAGCCCAGCCGGGUCAUCAGUAUUCUCGCUGCUGCGUGCAUGCUACAGCUGGAUGGCUUGAUCCAGCAGUGCGGUGAAACCAUGAAGGAAAACAUCAGCUCCAAGACUGUGUGUGGCUUCUACGUUUGUGCCAGCAUCUACGGCCUGGAUUCAGUCAUGAAGAAGUGCCUUGAAUGGCUUCUGAACAAUUUGAUGACCCAUCAAAAUGUUGACUUAAUGAAAGAACUUGGGGCUGAUGUGAUGGAGCAGCUCAUCCAGUCCUCAGACCUAUUCGUCAUGCAGGUGGAGAUGGAUGUGUACACUGCUCUGAAGAAGUGGAUGUUUCUGCAGCUAAACUCUUCAUGGGACGGUCCAAUCAAGCAGCUUCUUGCCGAUGCCGACGCUUGGCUUUGCAAACGCAGGACAGACCUGUGUGAAAAGGAGCCGUUCUUAAACACGGAGGAGGGGGCGCCGUUUCGCUCCGUCUUCAGGCUUGUCCGUCUCCAGUACAUCAUCAACGAUCUCGCAUCUGCUCGCAUCCUGGAGAGAGACAAUAUUCUGCCCCCUGAGUGGCUAACUGCGAUGUACAAAAACCAGUGGUUUGCUAUGCUCCGGACAGAAUUUGACAACGAUAACGGACCUCAGGAGCCCAACAAAGAUGAGUUUGAGAAGAACAGCAUGAGGUGUGGCAGGAAGCUGAGUAAAGAUGGAGAUUACUGCUGGAGGUGGACGGGCUUCAACUUCGGGUUUGAUCUGUUGGUCACUUACACAAACCGCUUCAUAGUCUUUAAAAGGAAUACACUCAGUCAGCCAUGUGGGGGCGCUGUGAGUCUACAAUCACGGAGACAUCUGGCUUACAGGUUACGUCUCGCCUCCUUUGACAGCCGAGGGAAGCUGGUCUGCAGCCGCUCUACGGGUUACCAGCUCCUCACCCUAGAGAAGGACCAGGAGUACGUGGUGAUGAACCUGGACAGCCGGUUGCUGUCAUUCCCCCUGUAUGUGUGCUGUAACUUCCUGUAUACCUCGCCUCAUUCAGACCACCGUCCAGAUUCCUCGGAGCCAGAAAGCGCCACUCGCACUGCGUCUUGAUAGCUUCUAACAGACACUAGCUGCUACCAUUCCUGUUGACAUGAAGACAUUCUCCCAAAGGCUAACCGAACACAUCUUGAACACACUGACUGCAUGCUUGUGGUGGAGUUUGGGGGUAUUUUCACAUCCAUAUGGGCAGUUUUUGGUACAUUUUGACACCAAGCUGUUCUCAGUGAGGCCCGCCAUCUUCCGUUGCCAUGAAUUUAUCCAUAAAUCAUCCACUUACUAAAGUGGAAGGGAGUAGGGGAAAUCUGCUUUUCAGGUUGGGUUUAGGAACUUUAUAGCUUCAGGAUGGGAUGAUCUGCUGGAGGAGGUUUUUUUAGUUCUGCUUAUUAACUUUUUUUUUUAUUUAUUUAAAAGUUGAUAUUAGAGCGCUAUCAAAUAAAAAAUAUGAGCUCAACAACAGGUUUAAAUGGAUUCAUCAUAUAUCAGACCAACUCACUCUCAUCAAAGAAACGGUCCAAAUUUACAAAUGUUUGGUUUAUCAAAAUAUACAUAUAUACGUGUAAAUUUGAAAGAGAAUAUCUGCCUCAUGUGGACUUGUACAUAUGAAAAAUAAUGAGGAAAAAAAGAAUGGCAUGCUGUAGAAGGAGAAUGACUCUAGUUUAACAUGUUUUCACACUCGUGGUUGCGUGUUUGUUCAAUUCUACAACAGAGCAGCUUCUCAGAACUUGGUUUUGUAAUCUUCACCUCAUAUUGAGUGAAGCAGCAUUGUAAAGUCAAGCCAGACUCUUCUGUCUGCUGGACUGUUCAAUAUAUUUCCACAGGUUUCCUGCAGUGUUAUUUUCCAUCGCUGAUGUUCAGUUGGGCUCCUGAUCAUUAUUUAUGGAGGAAGAUGUUUGAAUUACUUGAGUUAAAUCUUUAUUCUGCACUCAUAGUAAACGCAAAGUAGCUUAGUAGUUACCAAAAUCUGCACAGUUACCUCUUAAGUUUGCUCUCAUUCUGUAGAUUUAUUCAUUGUUUAUUUGGAUACGUUUUGAAAACCUGGGGGAUUCUCAGUCGUAAAUUAUAUGUAUUUUUAACAUUUCUGGAUCUCCAAUGAAUUUGUUUGUACAGCCGUUAUUAUGUAUAAAUUUGGACUUUUUUAUUUGGGUUUUUAUUUUUUUACCUUUUUAUUUUUGUGGAUGUUUUAUGUUUGCAAAAAAAUAUAUUUCUCUUUACUGCCAAUAAAACUGCCCUUCCAUACGGGCCGUGGUGCUAUCAUACAAUCCGAUCUUUUAUUACAGUUUUAUUACAGGUACACAAACGUGUUUAUGAGCAAAGAAGUUAGACAUUAAAAGAUAUGGGGUGA